AUGUCGGCAAGUUUGAGCUCAAAUUCAAGGAGAUUCAAAUUAGAAUGUUGCUGUGGAGACGAACCAGGUAUAUUCACAUCAAAUACCAACCUCAAUCCUUGUCGUCGAUUUCGACGUUGCAUCAACCCAGAGAAACCCUGUAGAUACUUUUCUUGGAUUGAUCCGGAGCUUGGACCAUUUCAGAAAUCAUGUUUUUUGAAACUGAAGGCUGAUAAGACAUUGUUGGAGGAGCAAUUAAAAUGCAAAGAAGUCACUGUAGUAGCAAUGGCUGAGAGGCUCUCAUUGAAGAAUGAUGAACUAUUGUAUCUUAAAUCCAAAGCAAAUGACUUGGAGGAGCAAUUAAAAUGCGAAGAAAAUACCGCAGUAGCAAUGACUGAGAGGCUGGAAAUGAAGGAGGAUGGACUUUUGUGCCUUAAAUCCAAAGUAAAUGACUUGGAG